CAGCUGUCAAAUGUAUUGAAAAAGAGGGUGUUGAUCGAUAAUCGCUGAAAGUGAAAAAUUAAUAAACUUAUAUUUAGUUGGGCGUAUUGUGUUAAUUGAUUGUACUAAAUAAAUAAGUUCUUUAUUAGAAAUGAUUGGUGGAUUAUUUGUAUAUAACCACAAGGGAGAGGUAUUAAUUAGCCGUGUGUAUCGAGAUGAUAUUGGUCGUAAUGCAGUUGAUGCUUUUCGUGUCAACGUCAUCCAUGCAAGACAGCAAGUUCGUUCCCCGGUAACAAAUAUCGCACGCACCAGUUUUUUUCAUAUUAAGCGUGCUAAUAUCUGGUUGGCUGCAGUCACAAAGCAAAAUGUGAAUGCAGCAAUGGUAUUUGAAUUCCUAUUGAAAAUUAUAGAAGUUAUGCAGUCAUACUUUGGUAAAAUUUCCGAAGAAAAUAUUAAGAACAACUUUGUUCUAAUAUAUGAACUGCUCGACGAGAUUCUCGACUUUGGCUAUCCGCAGAACACGGACUCGGGCACGCUGAAGACGUUCAUCACGCAACAGGGUAUCAAAUCGGCUACUAAGGAGGAACAAAUGCAAAUCACCUCACAAGUGACCGGUCAAAUCGGCUGGCGACGUGAAGGAAUAAAAUACCGUCGCAAUGAACUUUUCCUCGACGUGUUGGAGUACGUGAAUCUGCUGAUGAGUCCUCAGGGGCAAGUGCUCUCUGCCCAUGUAGCUGGAAAAGUGGUUAUGAAGUCGUAUCUUUCGGGUAUGCCUGAAUGUAAGUUUGGUAUCAACGAUAAAAUAGUUAUGGAAUCCAAAGGACGUGGUAUCGGUGGCAACUCUGAAGCGGAAACUUCACGUUCAGGUAAACCUGUUGUCGUCAUCGAUGAUUGUCAGUUUCAUCAAUGUGUUAAGUUGAGUAAAUUCGAGACGGAACAUUCCAUUAGUUUUAUACCACCUGAUGGAGAAUUUGAGCUCAUGCGCUAUCGUACCACAAAAGAUAUUUCGUUGCCAUUCCGAGUAAUUCCACUUGUACGUGAAGUUGGCCGAACUAAAAUGGAAGUAAAAGUUGUGCUCAAAUCGAAUUUCAAACCCUCGCUACUGGGUCAAAAAAUUGAAGUAAAAAUUCCCACACCACUCAAUACUUCUGGUGUUCAGUUGAUUUGUUUGAAGGGAAAAGCUAAAUAUAAAGCCUCGGAUAAUGCAAUUGUUUGGAAGAUCAAACGUAUGGCGGGAAUGAAAGAAACUCAACUUUCAGCAGAAAUCGAAUUACUAGAAACAGAUACAAAGAAAAAGUGGACACGCCCACCAAUUUCAAUGAAUUUUGAGGUACCAUUCGCACCCUCUGGCUUUAAAGUACGUUAUUUAAAAGUCUUCGAGCCAAAGCUCAAUUACUCUGACCACGAUGUAGUAAAAUGGGUACGCUACAUUGGUCGCAGUGGGCUUUAUGAAACUCGCUGUUAAACAGUUUAUUGAUAAAGUCGGGUAGAAGAAUAAUCAAUUUUCCGAUUGGUAUUCGCAAUCAAAUUGUACACAUUAUAUUCCACACUAGUUCUAUAAUGUAUAUUCAUCAUUACCUACAUAAAUAUAUGCAUAUUAUUAUUUAAUCGCAAUUGCUAUUAUAUCUAUGUAUAUUCCUCAAUUUUAUACCUUUUAUAAUUAAAAUUAUUAUUUUCUCAAUUAUUAACGUUAUAUGCAAAGGCGUUUCUAUAUUACAAACAAUUUUUGUAAAUGGAGGACUGAAAUUUUUUUAAAAUAAUUUUGUUUAUCCAUUUAAAUAUAAUUGAAAAUAUUGAAGAAAAGCCAAACAGAAUAUGCUCCACAAAAGAAUACUGUUAAAAGAAAAUUAUGUUAAAAAUAAGAACGUAUAACUAUAUUAAUUUUAAUAUAACAAAGUGUUAAAUUCGGUCUGAAAGUGGAGCAUACAAAUUUGUGCUGGCACAUCUACUCAAAUACAUGUAUUACUCGUAUUAGUUAAUUUGUGUAAACCUGCAAAUAAUUGUCUAAACUGUUAGAAAACAAUUAACGUAACUUCUCAUUUCUCUGUUGUAUAAGUAUAAACAUACAUGUAGAAUAAUAAAAUCAUUCAAGUACACAAAUCUCGAACAUAUAGAAAUAUUAUAAUUAUGUUAAAAGUGUUGAAUUGAUAGUUAUGACAAAUAAAUAUUAAAUAUUAUUCAAAAAUA